GUUUGGUAAGGGUGCAAAAAGUUAAAAGUAGGAAAUUCUUGAUUCAACUAAGAUGUUAUGUAACUUUUCAUGGAGGCCAGGUAUCCUUGAGCUUGGGGGCCCCUGGGUACUGCCCCGCUUAGCCGUAUGAUAGUUACAUCAAUGACUGAUUCUGACGUGAAGAGUCUUUCGCUGUACAGGCGGCUAAUAGUAAGGACACAGUAAUUUGUUCAGUCGGCCACAGCCAAGAGACCUCUCAUAACCUUUUCUUUUUUUUUUUUCUAGGCAUACUCUCCUCUGCAAUUUGAGUACUCAAACUACUUAGUUUCUGUCGUGGUGGGAGGUAUAAGUAAUGUUAGAGCAUCAUUUCGAAUGCGACUUUAGAUUAGACUAGAUUUAGUUUCAUUCACUAUAGACAGAAUACAGUAAUAUAAAGUGUGUCAAACGAGUCCCAUCACCGCGAGGUGCUUACUUCAUAACAUUUCGGCUACCAGCGGCCUCAUUCGGAGAGAAGUAGCAGUUUUCGUAUUGUUCCUAAGGUUGUUACUACAGACCUUUUGACUCGUAGAUUCGGCGAUGGGAAUGUGCAUGUGCAAGUUUUCAUUGUGUGUGGAAGCUUUCGCUGCCUGUGGAAACUCAUCUUGAAUGUUGUCAUCGAAAUGACAAUUUGUGGAGAUCUUUGGAAAUGUGAUUAGCCAAGCAAAUCGCAUUGUUUACAAAUGAGCAAUUACAUAUUUGUGUAAUAUUUGUAUGUCCUGUCAGAAACUGUUGCACGCUAUGAUAGUUGUUUGUACCGAAAGUAACUGUAUACGGACUUACUCGACUUGUUUACUAAUACCAUGGUUGUAGAAUAUAUUGUCCAGUAUUUUGUGAUAAGAAAAUAAAUAGGUCAAGUUACAUAAUGUGUAUGUAGAUUAGUGUGUUGCAUGUUAUGCAACACCACAUGGUGCUUGUAAAUUUUAGCGGUUUGGAUGACACUGUUGUUUGGUGCGAAAAAUGGAUGCUACACAAGUGACGGGAACGAAUUUAGGAUACUUGUGGGCCAUUUCAAGUGGAAUUUUAUUCACUGUGAUCAAUUCUUGGGUACUUAACUCUUUGAUUCCUAAAAGCGCGGCACACACUGCUCCUCAAAAGUGGAAAUGGAAGAACACGGCCAAUUCUCUAUUGCAUUCUGUUAUAAGCGGUGCGUGGUCAUGCUUGUGCUUCUGGCAGUCUCCUGAAAUGAGACAGGACCUUAUAUCUAAAUACACAGCAUCUGCCCAUGGAGUGAUUUCCUUUUCCACUGGUUAUUUCGCGUAUGACCUAAUAGACAUGAUACUGCAUCACAGAAAAAGAAGUAGCUAUGAACUCAUGAUUCAUCACAUCUUUGUGCUUCUAUGUUUUGGUCUAUCCGUGACAACACGAUUCUACCUGGGGUAUGGCCUGGUGGCUUUGUUAGUUGAAGUUAACAGCGUUUUCCUGCAUACAAGACAACUGAUGUUGAUACAAGGCAUUAAUAAACGUGAUUCCCUUUAUCGGCUCAAUAGUACAUUGAACUUAGUGACGUUUAUAGUUUUCCGGAUAAUGACGUUGGGCUGGAUGACGAGAUGGUUGGUUCUCCAUCGAGAUGAACUCACUCUAACAGCUUUUUCAUUGGGCAGUAUAUCUAUGGCUGUCAUUAUGUUGAUGAACAUAAUACUUUUCUUGAGAGUGUUAAAUGCCGAUUAUCGACAAAGACCAGCUCGACAAACCAUUUUACAUGAAGAACCUGCAGACUGCAAAGGUCACGCUAAAGUAAAAAGCUAAUUUAAUGCAGACCAGUUAUUCAUUUAUGUUGUGUAACUAUUUUUGUAAUGUAUGUACUAAUGACAUAUUUUGUACUGCUGUGUAUUGCAUACUUCUUAAGCAAAAACUAAUAUGCAGAGAAUUGGACUGUUAUUGUAUGAAACUGGAUAAUUAUUGCAAGAUGUUUCUGUCUAACUUAAGUAUUUUUAUAUGACUUUAUUUUUGUACCUAUGCUUAUAUAACUAUCAUUCCUAUUUAUAGAAUGACAUUUUGUUAUUUAAUUGUUGUUACAAAGAUUGAAAUGAAGAGCAGAGACAAAUACAGAGUUUAAGUGGUAAUGGGAAUUUUAUAUGUAAUUCAUACAGUAUCCAUUUUGUUCUAAAAUACUUAAGUGGUAAAAUCGUGUAUCUAAAUGUUUGUGUUCAUAUUUGUGAUGUAAUGGUAUACCUAUACCAAUCUACUACCAAAGUUACAAAAUUUCUGUGUGUUCAUCAUUUAAUAAACAGUAGGAUUGUUUAAUCAUAAAGUGAGGGCUUUCACAGCUGGUAUUGGUGUCCUUGGUGAUGUUUGUUUAGUGGACAUUAGGCUGUGGUCUAAGGCUUAUUUCUGUGUGUAAUGUUUUGUCUCCUAAUGCUGCCGACAUCACUGCUGGCUAUAAUGACUUGGAAAGCAGUUGCUGGCUCAACAAACCAAACAUUAUCAGUUCAAUGCCAAAGAUUACGGAGUCACACUAAUGUAUAUUAUGGAGCUUUUAGUGGGGAAAAGUUGGGCCUGUUUGCUAUAUUUCUCACUAAGGUCCACUACUUGUCUAGUUUCAAUCCUUCUUCAUUUCUGUUAAAGUUUUUUUCUUGUGCUUUUGAACUUCUAUGGCCCCUCUGUACUUCAUAGAAUAUUAGUGAUUGGAUCAUGAUAAAACCAAUUAUUAUUAUACUAGGAUGUACAGAGAGGCCACAGAAAUUCAAAAUCACAAAAACAACCUUUACAGCAAAGAAAGGUUAAAAUUGGCUUGAGUGCUAAAUAAAGCAAACAGGACUAACUCUUCAUCACUACUAGCUUCAUAACAUACAUUGGUGUGUUCUUAGGUGUAUUGACUCACAAAAUGGCCGUUGCAUGGAUACAUAUAAAGAGUUCUGAGCUUAUACCUGAUUUCUGAAUAGUUACUGCCUCUGACGAUGUCUCCAUCAUUGAAAGAUGAAAUGCUAGACAGAUAAAUAUGUCUCCAACAACAAAAUUCAUCAAGUAGUAGUGUUUGUUACUUUUGUGUGAGUCAAAUUGUGUGCAGACUCACAGUAUUCCAAUUUAAAAUCAAGUAACUGGUGCUCUAGACCACUAGAUAUAUUAUUGCAAAUAUGUGUACAAGGACUAAUGUAAUUUCAGUUUACAUUUGUGGUAAAGAUGCAUGAUACUUAAAUUCCAAAUAUUUUGUUACAAAACUUUUGUUGGAAUUAUAAAUUAUGGAACUACAUAAUUUGUGUGCUAAAAGGCACAUUUCUGCAAAUUAGAAGAUUCCUUAUUCGAUCAUCAUGGGUUCAGAAAAUGAAAGGUCUAGUUUUGUAAAGACAAUGACAGCAGUUCAUGUAGCAUGCUUUUACUGUUUUGAGGUAACACAUAGUUCCUCAUUGUGACUACAAUAUGCAGUGAAAGUAAUGAAAUGUAUGUAAAUUUGAUUUACAAUAUUAUUUCCAAAGUCCUCAUUACAUAUGAAAUUUUUCUAUUGUGUUUCACCUUGAUUUGUGUUGCAGAUUUUUAGAAACUCACCAUAGAGAGUAGACCAUUAGAAUUUUGUGCACUAUAUCAACUAUGUACAAUAUACCAUCUGUACUCACAGGACACUGUAAAGUAAUUAUGGAAGAUAUUUUUAAUAUCACUGUUAUUAUUGAUGAUUUUAUUGUGAGUGUCUCUUGUCACUCAUGUAUAACUAAUUUAACAUUAUCCUCUAUCCCCUUAAUUAUUUUCAAAAUUUCCAUAGAGAACUGUUUCCUCAUGUUUCGUAAGUAGGUGUCACGAGAUGAAUGGCUUUUUGCUUUCAGUGUCUGUUAGUGUACGUUUUCUCAAAAGGAUAAAUUGUGUAAAUUAAACAAAGUAAAUUUUGAGCAUGUUGUCCAUUAGUUUUGGAGUAUAUUCCACAGCUCCAGUCGUAUUAGGAGCUACAGCUUGAGUGAAGGACAAUAACAAGAAGCAUUAGUGCUUUGUUAGCAGUCUCCUGAUGUUUGACUCAAAGUUUCCUAGUAGCAUUGGUGAUGUAAAGUGGCUUUAUGAGAAAAGAUGUUCUAGAGUUUUCUUAUUAAUUCUAUGUUUGAAAGUUGUGACACAGUAGAGCCCAGUAAUUGGAAUUACAACAAACUCAGAUAAUAUGGAAAUAUCACUAAAUCAAUGGGGAAAAUCUACAUCUACAUCUAAAUCAUACUCCGCAAGCCACCUAAUGGUUUGUGACUGAGGGUAUUUUCAGUACCACUAUCUGAUCCCUCCAACCCUGUUCCUCUCGUGAUUAGUGCAUGGGAAGAAUGAUUGUUGGUAAGCCUCUGUAUUGGCUCUAAUUUCUCGAAUUUUGUCUUCGUGGUGAAUACACAAGACAUGUGUGGCAGGAAGUAAUAUGUUGUCUGACUCCUCCUGAAAAGUGCUGUCCCUAAAUUUCAGUAGUAAAUCUCUCCAUGAUGCACAAUGUCUCUCUUGUAAAGUCUGCCAGUGGAAUUUGUUUAGCAUCUCCAUAACGCUCUCUCGCCAGCUGAGCGAUCCCAUAAUGAAACGUGCCACUCUAUCUGUUUUAUAUUGUCAUUCCACUUAAGGUCGCUCUGGAUAGUUUCGCCUAGAUAUUUUACAGCAGACACUGUCUCCAGCUGUUUGUCAUCAGUAGUGUAGCUGUACAGUAGUUGAUUUCUUUUCCUAUGUAUGAGCAAUAUGUUACAUUUGUUUAUGUUCAGUGUCAACGGCCAGAGUCUGCACCGUUCAUCAAUUCUCUGCUGUUGCUACUUUGGUAUAAACAACUGCAUCACCUGUGAAUAGCCUUAAAGAGCAUCUGACACUUACUACCAGAUCAUUUAUAUAUGUAUUGUAAACAGCAAUGGUCCUACAACACUUCCCUGUGGUACUCCGGAAUUACCUUUACAUCUGUCGAUUUAGUUCCAUUAAGAGCAAUAUGUUGAGUUCUGUCUGCAAGAAAGUCUUGAAUCCAAUAGCAGGUCUGUUCCAUACUCCAUAAACUUGUAUUUUUUUCAUUAAAUGGCAGUGCUGGAUGCCUUACUGAAAUCAAGGAGCACGGCAUCAGCCUGAGUGCCGUUGUCCACUGUGCUGUGGAUCUCAUGGAGGAAUAGAGCGAGCUGAGUUUUGCAGGAUCUCUGUUUGUGGAAUCCAUGUUGAUUUUUGUAGAGGAGCUGUUCAUUUUCCAAGAACAUCAUAAUUCUUGAGCAUAAAACAUGUUCCAUAAUUUUACCAUCAUGAGUAAAUGUUUAAAGAGCACAAAAAUUAUUAAAAAAGUAAAUAAACAGUAUGGUAGCUAUGUGUGCUAUAUUACAUACAUGGGCACACAUUUCCAAGCUGCAAAAGAGAUUGUCCAUAGGCAUUUGUUUUAAAACAGAAUCUUAUUUUUUAGCAACAGUGUUACGCCAUCUUCUAAGAACUAUGGUGUCAAUUCGAGUAGCUUUUGCUUGCUGCCUGAUAUUAUGCAGUCCCAGAUCUAGCACUGGCGAAAUCCUUGGUAUGAGUGAUCACUAGUACAACUUCUUCAGACAAUUCCUCAUUGUCUCCAGUGGGUUCACUAACCAUUUCAGCAAUUGCAACAUAGGUCAUUUCAGACUGUUCAUCCAUUCUAAAAUAUCACUUUUAUUCGCGUUUUCACAUACAGCAAGCUUUUUCAUCAGUUCUGCCAGUGGUAGGUCAUCUUCGUCUGUACUGUAGGUAUCCAUUUCAUUCUACAGAAUCUGGUUCCAAGACGUUUCUAGUGUGUCUGCCUUUACCUCAGACCAUGAAUAGGUUAUCCAGUAAACUAUGUCUUUUAUUGUAGCAUCUGAAGCAAAUGACGACGAUAACUUGUUUUCAAGCAUUGAAAAUGCCUUGAUCCAUACGCUGAAAUAAAGUCGUCAUAUUGGGGGUAAGAACAAUGUGCGAAUACUGCCAGUUCUACUUCAUCAGGGUGUGAACCAGCAUUGUCAAAUGUUAAGAUUGCUGUGCAAGGCAAGCAGUAUUUUGCUAGGUAUCUUUUAGUCACCGGAACAAAAUCGUCGAAAAACCACUUCUUAAAAAUAUUUAGUCCAUCCAGGCAGAGUUUUGGUGGACAUAUGUUACAGACAAUGCGGAAGCUGUGAUAUUUUUAAAAGCUGUAGGUGAAGCAGACUUUCCUAUUACCAGCAACGUCAGUUUAUGGUCUCCACUCACAUUCAGUGCAGCGAGAACUAUUAACCUCUCUUUAAAUUUUUUGUUGCCAGGGCAGCCUCCUCCUCUUUUGAGCCUGGAGUUUUUGAUGGAAGCAUUUUAUAAUUUAACUCCAUUUUAUCAUAGCUAUGUAGCUGAUCAGGAGUAAGAUAUUCUUUCUGUAUAAUUUUUCUUGAUUGUGCAACAGUUUGAGAAUCAACAAAGUUUUUCACCGCAAAUUUCCAGCUGCCUUAUGCCGUAUUACUUCUUUCACCUACCCAACCAUCCUGAACGUGCAGUAAAAUCUUCCUCAGCUUCCGUAAACUAAUUUCUAAAAAAACACAGCUUUUUGUUGCAGAAUAGGCCCUGGAAUUUGAUUUCCUUUUUGUCUUUGUUAAGUAAACCAAACGAGUAAAGCUUCACUGUGUUUUCUUACUCAGAUUUUCUCAUCCGUUCAAAUGACAAAAUAGAACAGUUGUGUUGUGAAAACUUCUUAAUUUUGUCUCUGUUUUUAUGCCAAUCACCGGCCGUUGAGACCAAGUGGUUCUAGGCACUUCAAUCCAGAACCGCGCUUCUGCUAUGGUCGCAGGUUUGAAUCCUGCCUUGGGCACGGAUGUGUGUGAUGCCCUUACGUUAGUUUGGUUUAAGUAUUUCUAAGCCUAGGGGAAUGAUGAUCUCAGAUGUUAAGUCCCGUAGUGCUCAGAGCCAUUUGAACCAUUUAUGCCACUUAUGCCAGCCUCGAACUCUCUCUUCACUGACUCCGUACUCAGCAGCAAGUGUUUUUAAUCUUCCUCCUUUGUAUAGUUUGAAAAAAGCCUCCGGUUUCACAUUCAACGACACAGUUUUUCUCAUACUCCUAUCACUCAUUGUAAUCUGUGAAUUAAAACAUUAAGAAACUCACUGUUACAUAUUUGCAGUACACUUUUCAUACAUACAACCCCUUUAAACUAAUGUGACACAGCUGGGCUCACUACCGUACAGAUGUUACUACACAACCAACUACACUGUGCAUACACAUUGGGCAGCCGUUGGUGUAAAAUGUUUACAGUAUUUUUUCUUAGGCAUAUUGUAUUUUAAUGACCUCCAUUGCCAAGUAGGCCCAACAAUAGGGGUAACAAUAAGGAUGGUAUGCACUGUACAACUGAUUGUCAGGUGGUCCCAAUUAUUGAAGAGCUGACAGAGAAAGAGCAAGCACACUCCUCGAAAUCUGAUAGUACCUGUCCAUCUGUAAUAGAAUUGCAUUAGCAGCCUGAGGCCAAGAUUAUUUCUGUCCAUUAUGAACAAAUACUCAAACUUGUACAGUUUUACCUGUAUUGCAUAUUGAAAAUUGAAAGUAAGUUCGAAAUGUAACACAUUCGAAAGUUUGUAAAAUGUACUCAUGGACAACUCAUUGAAAUGGGUUUUUAAUUUACGCUUAUGUAAAAUUUUAUUUUUCGGAAAACCAGCUUCAAUUACACGCAACCUCGAAAUACUGGGGCUUUACCGCACUGUCUGAGUAGAAUUGAUGUCCUCAUGAUGUACUGAUUUCAUAAGUUUAUUUUGAAAAUGAGCUUGUUCCCAUUAAGAUGAUAUGACAAUCACAGAUCAAGAUUAACAGAUGAAUUCUAUAGUCCUUUAGUCACAGAAAAAGUGUCCAGAGCAGUGCCACAUUGUGUUUUUGUUGGGUUAUAUUGUCAGUUUGUUGAAAAGGCACAUUGCUUAUGACUGCCUGUGUGUAUCUGUCUAUGUCUUCCCAUUUUAACCUUCCCCAACCUAUCCCUCUCUCCUCCCUGAACAAGGAACUAUUAAUUCCAAAAGCUAGAUAUUGAGUCACUUUUACUGUUGUAUGAGCUGUUUGGCAGUAAUGUACCUUUUAUGUAUCCUGAAGGUAUGUACUGGCCAAUAACAUUCUCUCAAAAUUUAUUAGGACCUCAGUUGAAUUUUCCUUUGAUACAAAUGUUGUAAGUACAUUUCCUGUAGUUGUUGGUUAAACUAAAUUAAGUAAAUUUAUUAUCUAGGUCUAUUGAUGUCAGGUUUUCACAUAUAAUUUUUAUGAUACCAUGUACUCUAAAUGCUGUUUUAUGUAUUAUCUUGCUGAAUUCUAGCUUAGAUAUUAAGCUGUUUCAAGAUAUAGAAACAUAUAAUAGAAACAUAUACUAAAAACAGCAACAAUUUAUUUCUCACUGCAGUCUUUCUCAGAAGGAACAAUUCAACAUUUUAUAAAUUGGAGGGUUCAUACUCCUGCACCACAUGUGUAAAUUUGUAAGCAUUUGUGAUAAUACUAGUCUUGGUUUCAAAUUAAAUGAACCAUGGCAGUUCUGAUGUGCAAAUAUGAAAAAAAUUACUUUUUUGUUUCGUGUGAGCCCUUCAUUUCAUGUAAAUUAGGAAGUGAAAAUAUUUUUGUAUUCUGUGAUCAUGAGAAUAAUGUAUUUUAUUACAUGAGACAUUUUCUCUUUAGAGCUUUACAUCACUACUGCCAAAUUAGAAGGUAUAAAGGGUAAGCUAUGGAUUACAUUCAGGGGAAGCUUUCUGACCAUUUAUUUUUAGCUGUUACAUCACUUCCCUAAUUGCUGAAGGUAAAUAUCGGGAUGAUUCCUUUGGAAAGAACAAAUCUUGUUUCUUUUCUAUCAUUGGUCAGUCCCAACAUGCACUCUGUCUUUAAUUAUCCUAUUGUCAAUGGGACAUUAAAUCUUAAAUCCUUGUUUUAAAUCUUACUACAAGUGGUAACAUUGCACAUUGUCCCAUUUUGUGGUUUACAUGCACACAAUAAUUCUGAAAGAUGGAUCUACUCGAAUGUGCCACUUAAAUUAGCAUGAAUUUCUUAGCAGUACAAGCCACAAUUACAUCAUCUUGUAAGCAUAUUAUGAUAUAAUCAUUGCAUUAGUUCAGUUUUUGUCUUCUAUUUUUCAUUGUUCACAGAUGCUUUCUUUCUUAUGAAUUGUAUUAAGAAACUUACAAAUUGUUCAUAAAAUUAAGAUAUUUUGUGUCAA